AUGGCUCAAUCCGGACGCGACAGCGGAGGUGACCUCUUCGACAUGGCACAAAAAGGCACAAAGGUGCCAGAAGAUGCAGCAGAGCCCAGAUACAUUCCCUCCAAGGCACGUCCAGAUCAAAUAGCCUCCGACCUAGAUCAGAAUACCCUUGGUGGUCGGACACUUGCAGAGGCAGCGACCAACGAAGGUGACAUCCCUAGGACCACCAAAGACACUGUUGCCAACGACAUUCUUACCGGCACGGGAGACUCCCUCCCCUCUCAAGUUGACUCGAAGCGGCUGCACUCGGUGCCUGGCGGUGUCACCCACGAUCCUUUUGCCAAGGGAUCGACAAGAAUGACAGAGCAUAAAACCCAGCCGUCGGAUUUUGUCAAGGGCGCAUCGGAUGGCCCACGAACUGAUCGGGCUCCAGGUCAGGAGGGAUUGAGUGAUGAGCAGGCGAUGGACAACCUUGAGCGCAGAGGAUGA